AACUCUUCGCUUUAUAUUCCGUUUGUGUGUUUGUGCUAACAAGCUGAGAGUGACAUCAAAAUUAACGUGAUUUAACCCACACAAAAACACCCCAACAUGGAUAUCCCAGGGAGUACUCUCACAGAAUCCAGCAAACAGUUAAACGUUUUGGAGUUUUACCGCGACGCCGUGGUGCUCGUUACCGGCGGUACCGGAUUUCUCGGCAAAGUGCUGGUGGAAAAGCUGCUCCGAAGCAUGGCCGUCAAGAAGGUGGUGCUGCUUGUGCGGGAAAAGCGUGGCACCAGCGUACCCGAGCGAUUGCGUCAGCUGAUUUCCGAUCCAAUAUUCGAUAAGAUACGAGAGUCUGAAGUGCAUCCCAGCAAAGUGUUCGCAAAGCUGGACGCCGUUGAGACUGAUUUUACGACGGAUGAGUUCGUAAAGGAACCUUACAAAACGGAUCUACUCAACGAGACACAGAUUGUUUUCCAUGUCAUGGCUACGGUAAGGUUUGACAUGUCGUUUCAAACCGUUUUGGACACCAAUGUAACCAGUGCCGUACGGUUGUACACCUUCUUACGGCAAGCGCGCCUUCUGAAGGCGAUCGUACACGUCUCCACCUUCUACUCGAACUGCGACCGAGCCCACAUCGAAGAGUGCGUGUACGAUGAUAUACGGUACGGCGGCUGGGACCACAUUCGACGCAUCCUGGAACCGCUGACGGAGGCGGAAAAGGCCAAACUGAUGCCCUCGAUCAUUGCCCCACUGCCCAACAACUACACGUUUAGCAAGAAGUGUGCGGAAGUGAUGAUACAGAAGCGUUUCUCCGACCUACCGAUCGGUAUCUUCCGCCCACCGAUUGUGACGCCCGGCUACCGAGAGCCCAUGCCCGGUUGGGUCGAUAGCCUGCAAAGUGUGACAGCAUUGUGCAUUCCGAUACUGAAACAACGGCUGCUUUGGUACUACGGGGAUCCUGCUGCGUGUCCGGCAUUGGCACCGGUGGACUACUGCAUUGCCGGCCUGAUCACUGCCGCCUGUGACGUGAGCCAUCGGCAGGAGGAAAAGCGUGUGCUGGAAUCGUUCGAUCGACAGGGUGCUGAGCCACCGGUGUACAACUUUUACUUCGACAAGCAGUUCAUCUCCUGGCAGCAGUUUAUUGGACUUGUUGGGGCGAGUCUUCCGACCUAUAGUGGUCGACUGUUUAGAAAUGUUCGUAUGCGGAUAACCCGUUGUCGAAUUCUGUCGCUCAUUACGUUCUGGUGGAUGUACCUUCUAGCCUACAUUGCGGACUUUUUCCUAACAAUUGUGAAAAAGCCAAAAUGUAAUGUUAGAAUGGCGACGGGUCUGAAAACGCUGGCCGACGUCUCCGAACACUUUCGCUGCCACACGUGGACAGCACGAAACGAUAACGUCAAGCGCAUGAGGCAAUUACUUUCCAGGGUGGAUGAAGCAUUGCUCGAGUUUGAUGUCGAUCGAAUUGACCUGGUAGAGUACUACAAACAUUAUACGGCCGGGCUGUUUGAUCUUCUGAAGAGAAAAGAGCUUCAGCGAAUACAGAAAAAGAAGCUUGAAUGUUAAGCCAAUACGACGGAUUAGGCUUUUAGUAUUAAGAAUAAUUAACAUGUAUUUAUAUUGAAUAGGAUGGAUACAUUAAAAAGAAGAUUGUCAGACUGUUAUUACAUUGAAAAAGGCGUAUGGCGUCAGGAGACGCAAAGUCUGGGUAGAAAAAAUAAAAAAACAUUACGUCGACAUUAUUUUCGCCAAGAUGGGUUGCGCCUACAAGGUAUGCAAUAUGACACUUUUGUGGUGUCUAUUUUUCAUUGUUCGACAAUACCUGGACUUUUUUUAUAUUUAUUUACUACUAUUGAAUACAGCUAGUAAUAUAUUAUAGUCUAGUUUACAGUUUACAUAUUGUAUUCUCCCAAGGUCGAAGCUCAACUGUUAGUUCACUUCUGUUUGCGAAUAGCAUAUAUGUUAUAAUUUGUUCUUCUUUUUUUUUGACAUAUGUAUACAAAAAGUCGUAACGGGAGACAGUUUUCUCAGGUCUAGAUAGAAUCAUCAUGUUUUCUUACACUACUUAGCAUCAAUCAUAUCUCUCGUGAGCAUGAAAGCAUGAAGGUUUUCCUCGUGGGGACAUUUCUUUACAAAAAUCUCAAGUAUCUGAAUGUUUCAAUACCGCUGAUGAUGAGACAAAAAUUACAAACAGAUCAUACAUAUUUCGUAUUAAGUGGGACACUUCGAUCUCAGGCACUGAUCAAUCUCCAACUUUGUCUUUUUUCUUUUUUGAUUUGUUUUGUGUUUAAAAUACUAAUGUAUAAAUCUAACAAUUUUGAGCUUUCUGCCGAGGAAUCGAAUUGGAGCUAUAACUCUACUUUUUGUAGAAAUUUCAGUUAUCACCUCAUUUAGCGUUUAUGUAGCAAAGCUUAGUUACGGUAAGUUUAGAAUUAUUUAAACGAGGAUUGCAUUCAACUAAAUAUUUGAGGCAUUCAACAAAAGACCAAAUGCGUCUUUGUUUAGAAAAUCAUCCACAUUAAAUGUAAAAAAAACUGUUACUAUCGAUAAUUCCAAGUAAAGAGAAUCUUAAAAUUACCAACAAACAAGAAAUCAAGUCACAAACACCACGUUACUUUGCAUACAUUUUGGCAAUCAUUAGUCGCGCCGCGUAAGACCCCGAGAUGAAU